AUGAUGGGUAUCAAAGCUCUGGAGGUGAUGCAAAGUGCUCCGAUAGAACAACAAGAGGCCUUUGCAACAAUCAUUCACACUCUUCUGCCACCAGAACCAGUUCCCUCCCAGUCCAACCCUCCACCAGCUAAAAAGAAGAAAGUGGUCGCGUAUCUCCUCAUCACUGGUCAGACGUUCCAGGCUCACCAGCAGAUCCUGGACCACCUGAACAAAGGCCCGUUGAGCAUCUCUGUCACUGAGGACGUGCAGCAGUGUGACGUCAUCCUGCUCUUCUGUCCGAUCCUGUCGCGGGUCCGCUCUGAUGUAGAGUCUGCUUUCAGGAAGAUUCCAGAUGGAGCUCAAGAUAAACCAGUGGUUCUAGUUCUGUUGCAUCACACCCGCAAACCAGACCAGGUGCUGAAGCAGACUCAGUGGAUGGAUGAGUUCCCCAUGGUCAUCCAGGAGGUCAAUGUGCUAUACCACGAGAGCCAGAAUGGACUGCUCUAUUGCCCCAGGAACCAGGAGGCCCUUCAGAACCUCCAGAGCAUAGAAAGUCGUUUCCCCAAGAAUUUACUGCAGGACUCCAAGUAUAAAAAUAUUGAGUCAUUUCAUAUGUAA